AUGUUUCAGCCAGGAAAGGUUUCAUCGGAUAGAGAUGCGAUUCUAGUGUGUGCGUUACCAGCAGUCGCAACGUACCUGUGGCUCAAGUGGUAUGAGGCCAAAAGUCUUAGUACUCUAACCGUUCUUCUGGGGGUUGUGCCCGCUUUCUCGACUGUUCUCUUAUCGCAAAGCCUCUCCUUUCUACGCGCCGCGUCUCUUUCCUUCGUGGUGCAUUAUGCUGUCGUCUUAUCUUGCGCCUGCCUAUAUCGCUUGUCUCCCUUUCAUCCGCUAGCCCCAUACCCAGGCCCCUUUUUGUGCAAAAUCUCUAAGCUUUGGUUAGUCUACAUGACCUCUCGGGGCAAGCUGCAUCUGUACUUUCACGAGCUCCACUCCCGGUAUGGCCCCAUAGUUCGUGUUGGUCCGAAUGAGCUAUCUACCACGGAGGUAGACAUCUUCCCGUUCAUUCUAGGCCCACAGGGCAUGCCCAAAGGCUCAUUAUGGGAAGGACGACGCAUCUCCGGAAAGAGAGGUGCAGGUGCCAAGAACGCGAAAGGACACCUUAUUGGCGCCCGUGAUAAGAAACUUCAUGCAGAAUCGCGUCGCGUUUGGAAUCGCGCUUUCACUACGGCUGCAGUGAAAGGAUACGAACCGAUCCUCAUUCGGAGAACCGCGCAGCUCUCCGAGGAGCUCAAUGAACGAUGCGCAGAGCAACCUCAGAGAGAAGUCGAAGCUGAUUUGUCUCAAUGGCUGAGCUACUUUACGUUCGAUUUCAUGGGUGAUAUGGUAUUCGGAGGCGGGUUUGAGCUGAUGCAUGACGGUGACAAGGAUGGUAUAUACAAGACAAUGGUCGCCGGCCUACAACUCCCUGCAUUGACGCAACAGAUCCCAUGGAUUGCGCCCUCCUUGUCGUAUCUACCAUACAUCGGUCGACAUAUGAAGGCACUUGGUGACUUUGCUUUCAAACAAGUCACCCACCGUAUGCAAGAAGGGUCUAUACAAAACGACCUGUUCUACCACCUUCUCGAUGAGGCACCAGAAGACAGAAAACCUCCGCCGUUCCCGGUGAUCAUGACAAACGCGGUCACGGCUAUGUUGGCGGGCUCGGAUACGACAGCUGUGGCACUAUGCAAUGUGUUCUACUGUAUUCUGGCACAUCCGGCGUGCUACACACUACUUCAGCAGGAGGUAGAUGCUGCCUUCCCACCUGGGCAAGGAGAACCGGUAGAUGCCUCGAAGCUUGCGAGCAUGGAAUACCUGAACGCCGUCAUAAACGAAGCACUGCGGCUGUACCCAUCCAUUCCUACAUCGCUACAACGAUCACCGACGCCUGGCAGUGGCAGCCAUGCCAUUGGCAACAGAUUGGUCGUAUCUGAAGGAACGGGAGUAUUCGUAUCUCCGUAUGCCGUCCAGCGGGACUCCCGCUAUUUCGCCCCGCACCCGGAUUCCUUCAUGCCUCAACGUUGGCUUGCCCGCCGUGAUGAUAAAGGCUCGGAGAAUAUGCCAUUUACGGUGAAUCCCGAUGCGUUCAUUCCGUUCUCCUCCGGGCCCGCGAAUUGCGUGGGUCGCCCGGUCGCAAUCCUUGCCAUGCGGAUGGUGCUCGCUUAUCUGUUACAGCAUUUCAACAUGCGUCUCGCUGACGGAUACGACAAGGCACAGUGGGUGGAGGAACUGCGCGAUUAUUUCGCGUUCCAAAAGGGCACGCUUCCGGUCUUCCUGAAGCCGCGCACAUGAGUGAAUAGUUCAGAUAUACGUGCUGUGCCUUACAGAAAGGAGUUUCGCACACUUUCUGACUGUACCUUCCGUUCAACAACUUCACAAGAACUACCUAGUGGAGACAAUGUCACUUUGCGCCGUAAGUGCUAUUUAAGAUAAAAUAUGUUUAGGCACA